UCAGUGAUGAUAUUUGUGAAGACCCAUAUUACUCAACACCAGCAACAGAUGUUUCACCAAGAAGCAUCACACUGAAUGGUAUGCAUGAGGAAAACGGAUACAAUAAAAUUCAACUUAGGGUGCCAAAAAGACAUAAAGAUAAAGUGGUAUCUAACGGUGAAAUACUUGAUGAGAACUAUUCCCAUAUAAGAAAACAUGAUGAUAAAGGUGUAUAUUAUUCAACUCCUUGUGAUGCUCCUGGGGAAAAUGGAGAUGAGCCCAAUGCAAACAAUAAGAGGAGCCUGUAUACUAAGGAAAAUAAAGAAAAUGAAUCAAAUGGUAAUGGGAUGGAGCUAAUAGAUAAUGAGAUAUAUAUAAUGGAGGUUAAACCCGAUACUAAUUAUGAAACUGUGCUAGAUAAGAGGGAAAAGAAUGCUGAUUCAAAUGGUAGAGUAAUGGAGCUGAAAGAUGAUGUCUAUUCAGUGGAGGUUAAACCCGAUACUGAUUAUGAAGCUGGGCUACUUAAGAAAGAAGAGAACAAUGAUUCAGAUGGUAAUAAGAUGGGAUUAGUAGAUAAUAAUAUUUAUUUAAAGGAGAUUGAACAAAGUGCCAUUCAAAGCUAGUAGGAUGUCAGUGAAAUGUAUACUAGGAUGGAGAUUACCAAGAAACCUAAGAUUUGACUACUUCUAAGACCCCACUCUGUUUAUUUUUAGCACAUUUGUGAUGAUCAGCGGAAAACAUUAUUUUUAAGCUCGAAUUGAAUCAAAGUUGAGUGAGGUAUUAAGCUCGAAUUGAAUAUAAGUAGCUCGAAUUGAAUCAAAGUUGAGUGAAGUAUUAAGCUCGAAUUGAAUCAAAGUUGAGUGAGGUAUUAAGCUCAAAUUGAAUCAAAGUUGAGUGAGGUAUUAAGC